CUUUCUUGUUAUAUCUGCUGCUAUUUGAGCUUGGAAAUGCCGGAAACCUGCUGUGCUGUUGGAUGUAGACGAGGCGAUAAACCAAAUCUUAGCUUCGGAUCGCGGCGAUUUGUCGUGAACGAUGGAAACCUACGAUGUACACAAGGAUAUGCAAUGAACACUUCAUAUCAGUAACCGGGCUGCCUUGUGAUCAGAUGCUCCACUCGCAGUCACCGCCUCUGAAUGUAAACAGCGUAAAGCCUGCAGAUGUGGCGCUUUUGGCCUCUAUUGGACUAAAUGUCCACAGCACCAUGUUGUCCGCUGUGGUGUCAAGGCUUCAAGAGCUGAUGGGUAUGUUCAAUCCCAUAUUGAUGAGCUCCUCCUUUGGAGAAACAUCCAUGAAUGGCCCUCAGUAUGGAGGACACAGCACUCUGCUGGAGCUAGCACAAGAGGUGUCUCUCUACCUGCAGAAAAGGCAGCAUUCUUGGAAGCUAGUGGUUGUUUUUGUUCAAGUGGAUCAGAUCUGUGCAUGUGACCAUGAGAAGGUUCAGUCUGCUGUCAGGUCAGCCGUCAAUGAGGUGGAUGCUGUCUUACAGCUACUGAACGCUCAGCUAAAGCGAACCAUUGUCAGCAUUGCAUUGUGGGAUGGAGAAUGUGAUAAGUCGCACAGCAAAUCAUGCCCAUGUUUGGAACUCGACCAAGGGGAAGAGGUCAGACUUCAAAAGGCCAUUCUUGCUCGUGCCCUGCAGGAUUCUUUGGACGAGCUCCUGGUGGAGAAGCACUGGUACAGUGACAGGAACGACUUCACCGUCAUCUUACAGGAUACACCUCUCAUCACGCAUGUCGUUUCUGCUAAUAUCGGGAAACCUCUCUCUGAGUCCCAAGCGUCACAUGAAACUGAUAAACUGAUGGUGCAGUUGUGGACAAACCUGCUGCAGCCCACGAGUGCCAAACAUAACACGGACGACGACGGAAACAUCAUUGCAUUGCAAUGUCCAACUGAGGACCGUCCUUUUGUGAGGACGAAAGGGAACUCGCCUAUAAAUCACACCAGCAGCGCCUUUCCUCCCGUCCACCCAACAACUGGCACUAAGAUUCCCUGUGAGGAUGGCAGCCCCUCCGACUCCACACCCACGUCGGUGCAUGAACUCAGGCCAGGAGAUAUCAGAGUGGUUGCUGCCAUAGGAGACUCUCUGACAGCGGGGAACGGCAUUGGAUCGAGUCAAACAAACAUUGUAGAUGUCCUAACUCAGUACAGAGGUUUAUCAUGGAGUAUCGGCGGCGAUGGAAACCUCACAACCGUCACAACUCUGCCCAAUAUUUUGAAGCAUUUUAAUCCCAACGUGACGGGCUACUCUGUUGGAAAAGGGAAAGAGCACACACCUCAGGCCUUUUUCAACCAGGCUGUUCAAGGAGCAAAAAGCAAAGACCUGCUAAAACAAGCGCACGCCCUGGUGGCCAGGAUGAAGAACUCUACCAUCAACUUUGAAUCCGAUUGGAAGGUGAUCACUGUUUUUAUCGGUGGAAAUGACAUAUGUGAUCACUGCCAAAAUUCUCUAUUUUUUUCCGUGGAGAAUUAUGUCAACAAGAUCCAAGAAAGUCUGGAUUAUCUACACAAAGAGGUGCCCCGGGCCCUGGUCAACUUAAUAGAACCCAUCCACAUUACCCCUCUCCGAAAAUUGCACAUUAAUGCCACGUUGAAAUGCCCAACCUGGCUAGUCCAAAUAAUGUGUCCUUGCGUUGUCUUACCAAAGCCCUCUUCGACAGCUUUGAAAAAGGUGGAAGAGCUGAACAGUAAAUAUCAGCUGGUACUGAAUGAACUUGUCGAGUCAAAACGUUACGACACUCGCCUUGACUUCACUGUGGUCAUCCAGCCUUUUUUCAGAGAAAUAAUCGUUCCCAAACUACCGGAUGGCCGCGUAGAUCGCUCUUUCUUCAGUGCCGACUGUUUUCAUCUCAGCCAGAGAGCCCAGACUCAGAUGGCUCGCGCCCUGUGGAACAACAUGCUGGAACCUUUGGGAAAUAAAACAUCCCUACAGGAUUUUUCCACAGAUAUUGAACUGAUAUGUCCGAGCGAGACUUCACCAUAUUUUCGGACAUAUCACAACAGCAAUUAUACAUAUGUUGGUCCUUCACCGACACCAGCACCUAAUAAAAACUGGGGAAGUGACUUCUCCUGUGUGGAACUAGCUCCAUCUGACACUGUGCCAACAUCAGUUCACAAGCUAAGACCAGCGGACAUCAAAGUGGUGGCCGCAUUGGGAGACUCCGUAACGGCAGGCACAGGUGCUAAGGCCAGGACUCUGCUGGACCUCAAUAGAGAAUAUAAAGGAGUGUCUUGGAGCAUCGGAGGGGACCACACUCUGGACACAGUCACGACACUGCCGAACAUCUUAAGAAAGUUCAACUCAGCCCUAAAAGGCUUCUCCAAAGGUCAGGGGUCAAGACAAAAGGGCUUCAACAUGGCUGUGGAUGGAGCCACGACCCUGAGCAUCCAAGACCAGAUCAAAGUCCUCAUCAAUGCCAUGAAAGAACACAAGGAUGUGAACUUUGAAGAGGACUGGAAGCUUUUGACAAUAUUUGUAGGAAACGACCUCUGCCACUAUUGCAUCGACCAAAAUAAUCUGUCCCCCAAGAAUUACAGUCACAAUUUGAUGCUUGCUUUGGACACGCUUCACAAGGAGGUGCCAAGGACAUUGGUCAAUCUGGUGGAGAUCAUGCAGAUUGACACUUUAAAGGAAGUGAAGAAAAACACUCUAGGGUGCUCCCUCCUGCAGAGAAUAAGCUGUCCUUGCGUUAUCAACCCUACUGAAAACUCCCCAGAGUUGGAAGAGAUCAAACGGAUCAAUCAUGAAUACCAGGCUGAAAUCCAUAAUCUUAUUUCUGGAUCUCGCUAUGAUCAGAAAGAGGACUUUGCAGUUGUUCUUCAGCCAUUCUUACACAAUUCUUUCAUUCCUUAUAUUGGUGAGGGGGAAGCAGACGCCAGUUUCUUCUCUUUGGACUGUUUCCACAUCAGCGAGCGAGCUCAUGCUGAGAUGGCCAUAGCCCUGUGGAAUAACAUGUUGGAGCCUGUAGGUAGGAAACAGGCGUAUAACAACUUCACAUAUGACCGCUCCAAGAUCCACUGUCCCUCUGAGGCCAGUCCCUUCAUCUUCACCAAAGUCAACAGCAGCCCACCGCCACCAGUGACGGCCACAACUGUGCCCCCUCCCAACAACAUCACUGCAUUCACAACCACCACUACUCAAACUGCCUUCAUACCCUUGUGUGUCCCCCCACAGCCGACGUGGGUCACAGUUGUUGUGGGAGUUGUUGGUUUAUUUAUGGGCGUCACCGUUGCUGUGCUUAUUUUCUUUUUCGUGCUGCAUAGGAAAAGCCAAACUAAGGAUGCGGUAGAGUGUGCGGAGUAUGCGGUAGAAACAAAAACCGCAGCACUUUGAGAAUUGAUUUGAAUGUUUUGUGUAUUUUCCAAAAAAAACAACACAAUUUGGUUCGGUUAAGGAAAAGAGCAUUUGUUGCUAUACGAGUUGUAGAUGUAAAAUGUUAAGUUAUUUGAUAUCAUAAAUCUUCAUACAAACAUGAUAAAUCUGCAGCAUCCAGCUAAGUUUAUUACAAUAGAGCCCAUGACUUUCAUAACAAUAAUAAUAGAUUUUAUUUGUAAAAGCACUUUACAUUGAACAAACAACCUCAAAGUGCUACAGUGCAUUUAAAAAAAUUAAAUAAAAAAAUUAAAAAUCCCCAAAUUCUAACCCACUAAAAGGAUUUUGUUCUAAUUAAUGUCAAAUAUAUGAGCAGAACUGUGGUCUUUCCUCGAUGAUCAAAAACUAUACAAUACAUUACGUAAGCCAUUAUUACAUAUUAUUUACAGUAUUCUCAUUGAACGCUAGUAGUACUACUCCACACCACUAGGAAGCAGCAUAGUACCAAAAAGUAGAAGCAUCUCUCGCUAUCUACUUCAGCAGGAGUUAAGCAUAAGUUAAGCAUGAAACGUCAUUAAAAUUGAACAUACAUUUAAAAAAACAAUGGGGAAAGAUAUUAGAAGACAAGAGGGGACACACACUGACAAAUGAUACUUGGCUGAUGGUUCUUUCGUUCGCCGUGGAGUCACUUCCGGUGCAAGCGGCAUUGAAAUAAAAUCUUCCAAUAGUUUACAUUUUCAAUGUUAAUUUUGAAAGUAAUGACAACUGUACCAUAUAACGUUAUUACUGAUGAUUGCAUGACAUUUUUUUUUCUGUAGGAUUUCAUGAAUUGAAUACGUAUUGUAUGUUUUGUUUGUAAAUCAUUGUUACUCAAAUAAAGUUUGGAGAA